CUACUUGCUGCCAUUUACGAUCGGGAAGAAAAUCUAAAGGAGUUCUUGCUUCAACAGUGUUUGAACGGAACUUCUUCCUUCGUCCCUUUUUUUCUAUUCGUCUGCAUUCCGGACACGAACACCUCUUAUACUUGAACACUACUGGAUAAAGUCGCCGUAAAGCUCUAUUUUUGUACUGUUUUGUAAAGAAAAAGCUCAAAACGCCAGCCGAAAUGGAGUCCCAAGUGCGUCAGAACUACCACCGCGACUGCGAGGCCGCCAUCAACCGUAUGGUCAACAUGGAGCUGUUUGCUUCUUACACCUACACUUCAAUGGCCUUUUACUUCUCCCGUGAUGAUGUGGCCCUUCCAGGCUUCUCCCAUUUCUUCAAGGAGAACAGUGAGGAGGAGAGGGAGCAUGCAGAGAAGCUGCUGUCCUUCCAGAACAAGAGAGGAGGACGCAUCUUCCUCCAGGACAUCAAGAAACCGGAGCGUGAUGAGUGGGGGAGCGGGCUGGAGGCCAUGCAGUGCGCCCUGCAGCUGGAGAAGAAUGUCAACCAGGCUCUGCUGGACCUGCACAAGCUGGCCUCUCAACAUGUAGACCCUCAUCUGUGUGACUUCCUGGAGACCCACUACCUGAACGAGCAGGUGGAGGCCAUCAAGAAGCUGGGCGAUCACAUUACCAACCUCACCCGCAUGGAUUCCCACAACAACAAGAUGGCGGAGUACUUGUUUGACAAGCACUCCCUGGGGGGCAAGAGCUAAAUGCAAAGUGCCAAGAUUGAGCCUGGGGUGAAAAUCUUAAUGACAAAACAGGCUUUAAACUCAGCUUAACUUCUUGCUCCAGUUGUUCAUUCAUUGGGCCUGAUUUUUGUAUGUGAUCUGCUUAACCUAUUACACUGAUAGGCUUUCACAUGUUCUGGUGGUGUCGCUGUUUUUAAAUGUCAUAUAGGAGGAUGGAUUUUAGGUCUCUGAGAGUUUGGGCUGAUGUUGUUCUCAUCGUCACAGCAUCCUUUUGCUGCUCUCUCCGAGGCUUUGGUUUGCCUGCUGCCUGGCUCUCAUGACUUAUAAACCUGCUCUUGUGUGACAGUUUAACAAUUAUUGUGACUGUUUCUGAUCUGUUCUUAAUCCUAAUAAACAUUUUGAGCUGGAA